AUGGCCGACGAGAUCCCCGAGGACGGGCCGCUGACCCUGGACCAGGCGUACGCCGUCCUCGAGGUUUCCGACGAGCACAAGGGCAACCUCGACAAGGUGAAGAUGGCGUACCGCAAGCUGUGCCUCAGGUGGCACCCCGACAAGAACCCGCCGGAGAAGGAGAAGGAGGCGAAGCAGCGCUUCACGCGGAUCACCGCGGCGUACCACACCAUCACCACCAACAACUUCGACUACCAGCGAUGGGCUCGAUCGUACGAGAUUCCCCCGAUGCAGACCCUGGAGGACGUUUUGAAGAUGGCGCUGAGCGGCCGGGACCCGUUCGAGAUCGAAGCGAUGCUCCGCGCCAGAGGCGACUACCGCCCGGCGCAAAACUUUGGCGUCGACGUCAACGUCCCGUGGACCGCGGGCAAAGCUCACGACCCGACGUUCGACGUCGAGGGCCCGAGCGGGUACCGCAAGACCAUGUCCAUAGAGGACACCCGGCGGCACAUGGAGCUCAUGUGGGACGAGGGUAAGGUGGCGGGCACGAGCGAGGACCGGCCGUGGGAGCGCGUCGGCGGGGUGGGCUUCGACUCGGAGAGCGCCAAGCGGGGCCCGCUCGUGCUCGGCGACGGCGACGACGUCGGAGAGAUUCUCGCCGGGCAGGCGCCGGGUUGGCGAAGGGACAUGCGACCGGGUGACGCGGGUGCCGCGGCGAUCGCGGAGACGAUCAACGACAUCGGGGUCGGCCUUUUCAACGCCAAGGAAUACGUCAAGGCGUUUGGGGCGUACACCGAGUGCGUCCGUUUGGCACCCGACAAGGUUGCUUACCUCGGCAACAGAGCCGCCGCGGGGCUGAAGUGCAAGGGGAAGGAGCGCGACGUGGUGGCGGACUGCGAGAGGGCGGUGGAGCUUCAACCGGACUACGUGAGAGGGUACGUGCGCAUGGGCCAGGCGCUGUUGGCGAUUGGGGACAGGGGCGAACACGGCGACGUGCCCACGCUUCGAAGGGCAAAGUCGAUGCUGAAGAAGGCGCUCGAGCUGGAUCCGAGCAGCGCGGGGGCGAAGAAGACCUUGAAAGAGGUCGGGAUGUCGCUCAUGCUGCACGCGGACUCGGACGAUGAAGACUCGGACUAA